CCUAUAGAUAAUCAUCAUCAUGGCUGCCGCGGCGGGCAUGGUACACCGUGCUUCUCAAGACAGUGCACUUCGUCCUCGUUCUUACCAAGACGAGAGCUAUCUGAACGGGUUUCUUGGGACUCUGGGUGAUCUUCAGAGGACUGGGGUACUGCAGGAUGUCGUCCUUGAAGUCGAGGGCCGGCGGUUUCCCUGCCAUCGGCUUGUUCUGUCCGCGGCCAGCCCCUACUUCAGAGCCAUGUUUACAAGCGACAUGGCGGAAAGUCGGCAGAACACGGUUAUUUUGCAGGGUUUUGAUGCAGACAUGUUUGCAGCACCUGUACCAGGCAGCUGACCUCCUGCAGCUGGACUAUGUGAGAGACACCUGCAGCAGCUACAUGGCCAUGAGUGUUGAGUGCACCACCUGUGUGCACCUGUACAAGUUUGCUGAUGUCUUCUCUUUGGAUAUCGUCCUGAAACGUUGUCGGCAGUGGAUCUGUAGGCACUUUGCUAAGGUUUCCUCCAGUGAGGAGUUCUGCAGCCUGAGUGUGGAUCAGCUGACUGAGAUCAUCAGCCAUGAUGAGCUGGAUGUUGAAGAGGAGACAAGAGUGUGGGAGGCUGUGGUGAGAUGGGUGCAGCACAGCAGGGAGGACAGACUGCACCACCUACCCAGCAUCCUCCCACACAUCCGAUUUAACCUGCUGACCUCAGAUGACAUGGCGGCCAUCUUGGAUCACCCCCUAGUCAGGGAGGAUCCUGGGAGGUUUGUCAUCAGGAAUGUGGUCAAGGAGACUUCCAACCUACCCAGGAGAGUGGGGAUGGGCUCCCUGGAAAUGGCACUGCUUUUCAAUACAAAGACCAAUAAGAUACUCUUCAUGAAUCCAAGGGCAGGGAAGUACGUCAACUGCAGUUACGAUCCAGUCAGUCUGCCUCCAGGAGCCCUGGCCAUAACAGCUACCAGCAACAAUGAUAUUUAUAUCCUUGCCAAAGAGCCAGAGGUAGAUGAUCACUUGUACGUGCUCGAGUACAACCAUGCCGAUAAUACAUGGGACCAAGCUUGUACAUCCCCAGUGUAUAGGCCAGACAAAAACCUUUCGUUGCUUAACGAAAACUUCCUUUUUGAAGUUGAUAAGAUCUUAUAUCACGUUUAUGUGAUAGACACAAGAAACAGCACUUUGGUGCAGAUCAGAAAGUACAACUGGUGUACAGACCAGUGGCAGGAGUGUUCGCCGCUGCAGUGUGGUACAAGACACAAUAACUUACUAACAGUGUCCUGUGGUCCACACAUAUAUUUCCUCACGAACACAGAAAUGCAUCGCUACGACCCAAACCAGGACUGUUGGUGCAGGAGAACUCCACCGCAAACCAUCCCCGAGUUCUGCACAGCCGCUGCACUGGGAACAGAGAUCUUUGUACUAGAUGCCUGUUGUUACACGUUUAUGUCGUAUGAUACAGAGUUAGACUGCUGGCAGACACAAGGUGACCUGGACUAUCAUGUAGGACACUAUAACAACCAUCUUCCCCGUCUCUUUGUCUUGGAGAACCAGCUGUACGUAUGGGUAGAAAUCCAAGAUGCUGUCACAGACACCCCAGAAGGCGCUCUCAUCCUUGUGUAUGACAGGUCUGCAGAUACCUGCUGGAGGGACUUGGAGGCCACUGUGCCUACUGUAAAUGAUAUGUUGUGUGGUUCCCUGUGCCCUGCAGCACGUAUGUACCUUCCGUGGCUACAUGGGAAGGGUAUGGGCAAGUAAAGUACAGUAGGCUAACAAGUAAAGACUGUGUAUUAGGAUUUUCUUUUAGUUUUACACAACCAAUAAUGUCUUUCAUCUGCAGAAAUUUCUAUGUUUAUCCGACACCCUCCUCAGACUGCAGUUCUUCUUCUUGCCGCAAGGUGUGGCUGAUAUACUCGCAGGUGCCACUUUGGCAGUGAGAACACAAUCCCAAGGUGGCUAAGCUUGUAUCCCCCCUAAUCCCGGUUCAUCACUGGGGUUGACUUUCUUAUCCAGACUGCUUUCUUUAUCCACCGGGUACGUUGGUUGUUCUCGAGAGUUAUGUGGUUCAUCACUGCCCAAAAAAAAUCCCAAAUGCUCUAUGUUGUACCAACCUGAUGAAAUUGUUUUCAGAAGGGUAAGACUUAAUGGUUGGCAAAUUGGUCAUAGAAGGUAUCCUCAUCAUAGCUGCAGUCAAUUCAAUACAGAUGUGAAUGUACUCCUUGAAUUUAAUUAUAGUUUCAUUAGGUUGGAUAACAAUGUUCUUUUUUUCACAACCAAGUGUUUACCUCCUCAAGGCAAUACUUGGCAAUGUAGGUAGGUGUUGCUGCUGCAAUGAGCAAAACACCAAUCCUGAUUGUAUGCAAACAAAGAGCUAUGUUAACUGAUAUGAUGGUACUAUUUAGAGGACUUUGACCAUUUGUGGCUGAUUAAAGCUUAAGCCGAUGGUUAUGAGUAGUGUACAUGUAUUUUGCACUUGUACUUCGCUAUUUUCUUAAUACUAUCAUAAUGCUAUUUAUUGUGCUAAAGGUCCUGUUGUGUUUAAUACAGUGUAUACAUGCACAUGUAUAAGGGAUGUGUAAGCUUUACAGUGUUAAGUCAUUGUUUUUAUACUGUGAGUCAUUGAAUAUUUAAUCUUUACCUUCACUAUAAAUUACUAAGUUCCACAAGCUCUAAAUCAUCAAUGCUCA